GGUAACCUCGGGGAUGCGCGUAAAUUACGUCAUGUCGCGGCGGUGCAUUGUGGGAUUGCGGAGGAGUGGGCGGUGAAUGGUGCAACACAACUUCAGAAAUGCUGUUGGACCUUUUAUAUAGACAGGAUGUGCCUUCCCAAAGCCAAUCGAUUGAAUUUGCCACACUCCAAUCCAAGUGUAGAAACAUCUCGAAGACGAUCUAGAGAAAUGGGAUGCACCUGAGCUAAAUUUCAACUGUCCUAGCAAAGGGAUGUGUUUUUAAUGAUCCGGCGUCAUAAGACGACCAUCUUCACAGACGCAAAGGAGUCCACGACUGUUUACGAGCUGAAACGCAUUGUUGAGGGCAUCCUGAAGAGACCGCCUGAGGACCAGAGACUUUACAAGGAUGAUCAGCUGCUAGAUGACGGUAAAACACUGGGAGAUUCUGGUUUCACUAAUCAGACGGCCAGACCUCAGGCUCCUGCCACAGUCGGACUCGCCUUCCGAAUUAGCGACGAUGCAUUUGAGCAGCUCCAAGUGGAUCCGUUCUCAAAUCCCCCCGAGCUUCCUGACGUGAUGAAGCCUCAGGAUUCGGGCAGCACGGCCAAUGAGCAGUCGGUGCAGUAAAAACACAAAAAAACACACCGCAGCAGGAGGAGGAGAAGUCUGCCGCUCCAAUCCGUUACGAGGAGGAUCCAUCCGGACUGAGCACUCAGAAGGGGUUAGGGGUUUCAGAAAACCAAAAACAGGACACAGCCGACCAUCACCACCCCCCGUCCCCUCCCUCCCAUCCUCAGCGCGCGUACACACACACGCGCACACACACAAAAACAUCAUCUAGCUUAUUAAAUUUCCUUGUUAACUAUGGACUGACUCUCAUUUCCACCUCACUGUGUCUGUGACACACACACACACAAACACACACACACACACACACACACACUUUCUUUAAACCCGAGCACGGCUUGAUUUUGCAGUGUAAAGACGUUUGUGUUGUUUAUAGUGUUCAUUAAACCAGAAAGAAAGCGGUUCUUGUGUUCUGCAGUAAGAGAUAUUGUGACGUUCGAGAGAGACGCAUGCGGGAAUUACAGCAUAUUUUUCACUUCGAGCCUGCAUUCAUAGUGCAUUAUGUAAUUUAUCUCUCUUUUUUUUUUAUUAUUAUUAUUAUUAUUAUCAAUUAAGCAACCCUUUUAGGCACUGAUAUUAAAGAUCUGAAUUUUA